GCCAGCCCUGUUGCCCUCGGAAGGAAGAAGAGGAGAAAGCAGCUCGCUGUCCAGUUUUGUUGGCGUCCUUCGCCAUGAAGGAAGGGGGCGCGUGAGAUCUCUGGUGGGAAGCGUUCGCGUCAAGAUGCUGCAGAGGAAGAAGGCUCUUCUGCAAGCCUCGUCCUUCAAAACUGCCUGUGUGCUUUCACUCCGAGGAGAACGUUCUUGAGGAAGAUGACUUGCGAAAUCUGUCAGCACAGCCGAAUUCACAAGGGUACCGAAUGAAAGACGACGUGCCUUACAAUGGACGCUUAUCGUGACGGGGUGACUUUGUGCUCCGAAGUGAAAACACGAACACUCUAAACACUGAUCCUGAACGGGAAUUAGGAUUGUAGCAACUGCAUCAGAAUGUUUGUUAGUCCCAGGAGAGUCAGAAAAUGCCAGUUUUUGCAGAUAUUUGCCACUUGUUUCAUACUGUGUCUCAUGAUUUUUUGGGGACCAUUUGAUAAUCACAUUGUGAGCCAUAUGAAGUCCUAUUCAUACAGAUACCUCAUAAAUAGCUACAAUUUUGUGAACAACAGCCUGUCUGUCAACAGGGAUAACUUGGACAGAGUAGCGAGCUACCAGUACUUGAUCAACCACAAGGAGAAGUGUCAGCAGCAGGACGUCCUCCUCCUGUUGUUUGUGAAGACUUCCCCUGAAAACCGCCAUCGGAGGGAUGCAAUUCGACACACUUGGGGUAAUGAGAAGUAUGUUCGUUCUCAACUUAAUGCCACCAUAAAAACUGUUUUUGCUUUGGGACGACCAGCAGAUCAUCCGCAGCGAGCACAGUUGCAAAAAAAACUUCAGCUGGAAGACCAGAAAUACAAUGACUUGAUUCAGCAAGACUUCUUGGAUACUUUUCACAAUCUUACUCUUAAAUUACUUUUACAGUUUAGCUGGGUGAAUGCUUACUGUCCUCAUGCCAAGUUCAUUAUGUCUGCAGAUGAUGACAUAUUUAUCCAUAUGCCAAAUCUUGUUGCUUAUCUCCAAAGUCUAGCACAGAUGGGUGUUCAAGAUCUCUGGAUUGGCCGUGUCCAUCGUGGAUCCCCUCCCGUAAGAGACAAGACUAGCAAAUACUAUGUGCCAUAUGAAAUGUAUCAGUGGCCCUCUUAUCCUGACUACACAGCUGGAGCUGCCUAUGUAAUAUCAAAUGAUGUAGCAGCUAAAGUAUAUGAGGCUUCACAGACUCUUAAUACAAGUCUUUAUAUAGACGAUGUUUUCAUGGGUCUCUGUGCCAAUAAAAUGGGAAUUGUACCACAAUAUCAUGUAUUUUUUUCUGGGGAAGGAAAGGCUCCGUAUCAUCCCUGCAUUUAUAACAAAAUGAUGACAUCUCAUGGACACGUAGAUGAUCUUCACCAGCUCUGGAAGCAGGCUACAGAUCCCAAAGUUAAAAGGUUUUCCUCUGGGUUUUUUGGUAGAAUAUAUUGCAAAAUAGUUAAUAUUGUGCUUCUCUGUAAACUGUACUAUGAGGACACAUAUCCUUGUUCAGCUGCAUUUUCUUAAUACUUGAAUAUCUGCAUUGAAGAUUCACUGAGCCAGAACAGAGCAAGAACUUUUUAGCUGUUUAUUCAAAAUACAUGUAAACAUGGCAAGAGGUAAAAUUAAAAUGUGAAUAGCUUUUUUUUGGGGGGAGGGGGAGGGAAGGUAGGGAGGGUGGUCCCACCUGUUCAGAACCUCUUAUUGGAAUAGCUCUCUAUUAUUGUACUGCAACUUUCUAUAUUGUAGCCUAUUCUUACAGUCUUAAAGGAAUACAAGCCUGGAUUAGAUGAUCAUUAAAUGAACUAUAAAUGGAUUUGACUUCUAGACUUUGAAAUGAUUAGUGAAAAUGUCAGUUACUUUGAAUUUGCCAGUCUUGAUUUUUAAAAAAAGAAACUGCAGUAAGCUACAUCAUUUUAAAGCAAAUCUGGUGUUAUCAAAAUGACAUAGAGCUUUCAAAGCAAGAAGAAAUAUAACUUCUGACACAAGGAAUGGGACUUCUACAGCAGUUUAAGCUAAUGUAGAUUGGUUAAAAAUAUACACCAUUUCUAAAUGCCACACAGAAAAUAACUCUGGAUCUGUGUAAUCCACAAACAGCGCUACAAGUGAAGACCUGCAACAACCUCAUGCUCUCAGAGUUCCCUAAGCCUUUGAGAUGGGGAAAUAGUGUUUGAGUACCCUCUGACUUGGUUCUUUUAAGUAACUAUGAACUAUAUUUAGGUCAGGAGUGAACUUAGAAGGAUCAGAACCUAGUAUGUUAUAUGUAAGUGGCUUUGUUAAUCUUUCUCUGCCUUCAGAAAACUGAAGCAGUAUAUUUAAACAGUCCACUCUGAUUAGCAAAUGAGCUAAGCUUAAGAGUACUUUUUCUUUAACAACGCUUCUGCUUUCCCAUGUUUGUGGUUUUAAAGGUGAAAGCUGAGCAAAAAUAGUAACUGACUUUCCUGAGACAGUCAGUUGCUCAUAGCUAGUUGGAAACUGUAAAUGAAUUCAAAAAGCAAAAGUUCAUGCUUGAACUAACAGAAAAUAUUUUAGGCACAAAGUUUGACUUCACAACGAAGGGAUAGGGAGAUGGGGAUCCACAGAAACAAAAUCAAAACCACUAUUGUUUCUUCCUGAAAUUUUAAGCACCAGAUAGAUUGUCUUUACAAUCUCAAAGUAGUUUGUAUCCAGCAACCCCCCUAUCUUGACUAGGUUUCAAUGUUCAUCUUGCCUCUAAGAUGAACAACACACUCCUGCAUUGCAAAUCAGGAUAAAACUAGGUGAUAGUCGAACUCUAGCUGUUAACUAGUUCUACUGUGGUGCCAUGCAAAUCUUGUAAAAACAAGGUUCUGGGAGGACUCUGCAGUCUUUCCCUGUAUAUCUCACUAACAGUGUCUUCAUGCACUCUCAGGCCAGGUAUUUUGGUUGCUAAUUGCCGAAACCUGUGGUAGCUCUUCUUGGAGUGGAUACAGUGACCAUACAAGGUACAGUCAGAUAUUGCUUGUGAUCUGAUUUGAUGCAGGAAUGACUUCCAGGGUGGAUUGUGUCAGAAAACUACUUCUGAAAGCUUGAAUGAGUCCAGGUUAGCAGCAGAGCACUCACAACCAUCUGUCACAGGUUUUUGAUUUGUUGGGGCAGUGUACAGGCUACAGGAGCAAUGCUGUUUGCUUUCUAGGAUGUCUAACAGUAUUCUUUUCUGCCCAGAGUUUCUUGCUGUUACAGCUGUGUGAGAGCAGUGAGGUACUUAAUCUGUGUCCUCUAACUUUACUUUACAAACAGCUAAACAUAACAUGCUGGUUUUAAGCUGUAAGUAGUAAACUUUGUUUAAAUAAUUCUACUACUCUUGAAGUUCUGCUAGGAUUGUAACGGUAUGAAUGGCUAAUAGUAUAUGUUAGCUUAGACAAAAUCCAGGAGUGAACUUACUGCCUAUUCUCCAAGCUGUCAUUUCAGAUGGAUGCUAGGUAGUGACUGAAAUUAAGUGAAAUAUGUGACUUUCUAUAAUGCCUUUUUGAAAAGGAGAAGAGUAAGCAUCCCGACUGGAUCCAAAUAUUGAGCAUAUAAAGAACCCACGAAUAAAUUGCUUACCACUAGUGUCAAAAUGAUGGAAGAAUGCAAGUUAUUCCAAAAAAUAUCUAAGAUAUUCACAGAAAAACACAUCCAAGUAAUGUUCUUGCCUAAAGCAGGUUGAUUACAGUAUUACAUGUCUUAAAAAAAAAAAAAAAGCUAUAAUCUGUCAGUUGUACAGAUAAAAAAAUAUUCAUAUAGAGAAAACAGUAUUCAACAUUGAAGGAAAGUCUCUUAUCAGGUCUCUGACCUGUUGUGACCCAAGUUAAAUCAAUAGGCUAUAUAGCAAAACUGCACUAAUUAAAAACCCACCCUGUUCACUGCAGGCAAAGGAGGUCUUCAUAUGCAGUAUAUAUCUGAAGUGUACUACUAAGACUACGAUCCUUCAAGCACAAGUAUGUACUGGGAUUUUUGGUUUUGACUCAUGCAAGCAAAACAAAUGCUUCAAUUUCUGUAGGCUAAUUACAUAGCUAACAUCUGAAACACUGCUUAAAUGUAGUUUGCCGUUAUAUGAAAGUCACUUCUGACCAUUGAAAUACUCUGGUUUUGCAGCUGGUUUUGGGGGGGGAUUGUUUCUCUAUCUUAGAAGGGCCUUGAUAUUUGCAGUGUGCUUUUCCUUUUGCUGCAGUGAAGAACAGGCUAGUGAAUUCAAAGAAAAGCAUGAAGGCACUCCUUUCAAAGAAUGGAGAUGCUAGAGAAUUUCUUAUUGUUUAUAAACACUGACAUAAGAUUUGUACACCUCUUUCUGGAACUUUUUUUUUUUUAAGAAGAGUUGCAGUUGGUGCUCCAAUGCAGGGCUGUCAGGUUUUACUUCUACAAAAAAAAAAAACUGUCAGCCUGAAGGGUCACUCCUCAUUAACAGUUUUGAUGUUGUUGCACAGCAUGUUUGAUGCUAAAAUUGUUUUUACCUGUUUGGUUAGCAUCAGUUUCCCUUUGAUAGUACUAAUUUUUAUACAAAAGUAUUCAAUAUUUAUUCUUAAACUUUGCUCUGUACCACAAAAGAAAUUGUUUUGUAAAAUUUGUUUUGAAUAAACAGACUUUUUUAUUUACCAGCUUUUUGCUGUUUUUUUUAAUCUGUUGCAUUGCUUAUAACUGAUAGUUGCAGCUCUGCUGCCUUUUUUGUUUGUUUGUUUAAACCUUUAAAUAUUUUUAAGCCUUUUUAUGAUAGGGUUUGAAAUCCUCCUCUGUGUGUUAACUUGGACCAAACCUUUCCUGGAACAAAAGGCAAAAUCGGUGCUUCUGAAAAAGGAGACAGAACGACAAAAAUUUCCACCCAGCUUCCAGGUCCAAGGUUGUAGGAAAAACUGCCAAAUACUAGAAGCUUAACAUGUUGUUAAUAUUAAACUCCCAAAUUCAUAUGCUCUGUUUAGAUGCACAUCUUAGGGGGAAAUGGUUGCCUAUCUAAAUAAAUUCUAUUUAAAAUCAAACUUGGCCCACUGAAAACUAGCUGAUGGUUUGGUGGCCAGUAAUAGUAUACCUUUAUUACAGUGUUAUUUUUCAUAGGGUAUAAGAGAAAACACCUACAAAACUAAAUAGUAAAUUCAUGGUAAGCUGCAUUUUCUAAAUUCAUGGUAAGUUGCGUUUUCGAAAUGUCUCAGAUCUGUCUAGCAUAGUGUAUUACACUAGCGUUUUCAAAAAAACUUACUUUUUGCAUCAAGUAACUUCAGUCUAUGCCUGUAUGAACUAGUGGCAUAACUUGAGUAUAAAUUCAUUAUCCAAAAUUUACUGAAGAAAAAAACAAAGGAAAUGGAAUCAGCUAGGGUUGCAUGGUUUGGUUUGUGGGGUUUUGGGGUGUGUUUGUUUUUAACUUGUUUUAGUUUUAAUCCCCCUUGCAUAGAAGGCAGUGCAGGUCAACUAAGACUAGAUUUGCUUGGUGUGUGUAUUGUGGGGGGUGUGUGUGUGUGUGUGUUUUAAAUGACUUUAGGCGUUUAGUGUUUUAGAAUAAAUUAUUAAUUCCAUAUCUCUUUCUCAAAACUUUCUGGAAAGAGAGACACCAAGAUUAUCACUUGCAUUUCACAGGCAGAAGUUUCUCAGAGUCAAAUAUGAAUUUCCUGAACACAGUGAGAUUAUCUUUGAUACUACCUUCUUGGCGAAUUACAUGUGCAAGGCUUAUUCUAAUGAAUUUUCUAAUGACUUAUUUCUCACCUCAUGUUACUAAUGCUUCUAACCCCCAAAAGGUGGGGGGAGUGGCGAAAAAUAAGGUAAAUCUUGCUUCCUUUACUAACUGAUAGGCUGUGCAUAAAUGCCUGGUUAUAAGCAUGAUUGUCUCUAUCAUCUGUUCAUCUUAGAGAGCAUACUUCAGCACAUGCUCAACCACUUCUUUGCAAAUGUUGGUGUUCCUGUCUAAGAAGGACAGAAAAGGGGUAUUGGCUCAUGUGCGUGU